CCCAUCCCAACCUAAAAAAGAAAAAUACAAACGACCGCCCUUCCUUCAUCUUUCCCCUUAGAACAACCUAUUUUCACCCAUCGCGAGACUUCCCCCUAUGUCUUCGAGCACUGGGUGAUUGAUUCAUCAAAUCGCUCGAUACCCUUCUCUCAUUUAUUAUUUAUUCUUGCAGUAUUGGUAUCACCUGCAGACAAGCCACUUUCACUUUAAUACUUUCUCUUGUGGGGGGGAAACCUUGAAUUAUCGCGUGGCCCCUGGAUCUUACAUUGUUCGUCGCAGUGCUGAGGAAUCAACACAAACACGAGCAUCGGGAAACAAAUAUUAAAUAAUAUAAAUUAAACGGUUUGCGACCUUGUUGUCUAAGACCGGCUAGUGUAGCCGAUAGUCAAAAUGGCUUACAACGGCGGUCACGGUGACGACUAUGACGGGCAUCGUCUUCAAGACAUGCCUGCCAACAGCACGUAUCAUCUACCUCCCAUUGAGCAAGACGACGAUGAAUCACAGCGUCAUCUCCUAGGACAGACUCCUGGUCUUCAUUAUGAACAGGAUCGGCUGGGUACCAAUACUCCUCCUGCACGCCCAGUCUCGGCUUACAGUCUUACUGAGUCGUACGCUACAAACGCUCCUCCUCCUACACAGUCUCCAGCACCUCAAUAUACCGGUGAGUAUGCGGGUGGCUAUGGUGGGCAUCAGCUUGAGGAUACCGGCUUCGGAUAUGGUAGACCUGCAUCUACUGUUGACAGCGACGAGGGUUGGCUACGUCGUCAGCAACCUGGCGGUGCUGGUGGUGGUUUGAAGCGUUAUGCUACCCGAAGGGUUAAGCUAGUUCAAGGAUCCGUUCUCAGUGCCGAUUAUCCAGUACCCAGUGCUAUCAAGAAUGCUGUACAGGCUAAGUACCGGGAUACUGAGAGCGGCAGCGGCGAGUUUCUCAACAUGCGAUACACUGCUGCUACCUGCGACCCGAACGAUUUUACUCUGAAAAAUGGUUACGAUCUUCGGCCUCGAAUGUAUAACAGACACACAGAGCUUCUGAUCGCUAUUACCUACUACAACGAAGACAAGCAACUUUUUGCGCGAACACUUCAUGGUGUUAUGCAGAAUGUUCGCGACAUUGUCAACCUGAAGAAAUCUACUUUCUGGAAUAAGGGCGGCCCUGCUUGGCAAAAGAUCGUAGUCUGUUUUGUCUUCGAUGGUAUCGAAAAGGCAGACAAGGAAACACUGGACGUCUUGGCCACCAUCGGUGUCUUCCAGGACGGUGUGGUGAAGAAGGAAGUCAAUGGCAAGGAGACUGUUGCUCAUGUCUUCGAGUACACUACUCAGCUGUCUGUUACGCCGAACCAGCAGCUCAUUAGACCAGUGGACGACAGCCCCCAGACCUUGCCCCCUGUCCAGAUGAUUUUCUGUCUAAAGCAGAAGAACACCAAGAAGAUCAACUCUCACCGUUGGCUAUUCAAUGCGUUUGGCAGGAUCUUGAACCCUGAAGUGUGUAUUCUUCUUGACGCUGGUACCAAACCGGGACCGAAGUCUCUCCUUGCGCUUUGGGAAGGCUUUUACAACGACAAGGAUCUUGGUGGAGCUUGUGGUGAAAUCCACGCCAUGUUAGGCAAAGGCGGCAAGAAGUUGAUGAACCCUCUUGUCGCCGUCCAGAAUUUCGAGUACAAGAUCUCUAAUAUUUUGGACAAGCCUUUAGAAAGCUCUUUCGGCUACGUGUCUGUGUUGCCUGGUGCCUUCUCCGCAUACCGAUUCCGAGCUAUCAUGGGUCGACCUCUGGACCAAUACUUCCACGGUGAUCAUACUCUUUCCAAGAUUCUCGGCCCCAAGGGUAUCGAAGGCAUGAACAUUUUCAAGAAGAACAUGUUCUUGGCCGAAGAUCGUAUCUUGUGUUUCGAGCUUGUCGCCAAAGCUGGGUCUAAGUGGCAUCUGUCGUAUAUCAAAGCCGCCAAGGGUGAGACUGAUGUUCCCGAAGGUGCUCCCGAAUUCAUCAGCCAGCGACGACGUUGGCUCAACGGUUCGUUCGCCGCCUCUCUUUACUCGCUGAUGCACUUCGGUCGUAUGUACAAGAGUGGUCAUAACAUCGUCCGCAUGUUCUUCUUGCACAUUCAGCUUAUCUACAACAUCGCAAACGUAUUGUUUACCUGGUUCAAUUUGGCAUCGUAUUACUUGACAACAACGGUUCUUAUGGAUUUGGUCGGAGCACACACGGAAGCCAGUUCGACUUCUGCUGAAAAACACGGAUGGCCUUUUGGUGACACUGCUACCCCUAUUGUCAACAUCAUCCUCGAGUACAUGUACAUUGCCUUCCUGAUUCUUCAGUUCAUCCUGGCGCUUGGUAACCGUCCCAAGGGUUCCAAGUAUGCAUACAUGGCGUCGUUUGGCUUGUUCGGAUUCAUUCAGGUCUACGUCCUCAUUUUGUCCGGUUAUCUCGUCGUAAAUGCUUUCCAGCCGUCAAAUUUGCCUUCGGGCGAAAGUGCUGGCGAUGCCCUCAAGGAUAUGUUUACGGGCCAGUCUGAAGUGGCUAUCAUUAUCUUGGCGUUACUCGCGACAUUUGGUUUGUACUUCAUCGCAUCGUUCAUGUACCUGGACCCGUGGCAUAUGUUCCACUCGUUCCCGCAGUACAUGGUCCUCAUGUCGACGUACAUCAACAUUCUGAUGGUUUACGCUUUCAACAACUGGCACGAUGUCUCAUGGGGUACCAAGGGUUCAGAUAAAGCUGAAGCAUUACCAAAGGCUCAGGUUGUGAAGGAUGAAAAGGGUGAAGCCGCCAUUGAAGAAAUUGACAAGCCCCAGGAAGAUAUCGAUAGCCAGUUUGAACAGACAGUCAAGCGUGCUUUGGCUCCUUUCAAGCCGGAACCUGAGGACGAUAGCAAGGACCUUGAAGACUCGUACAAGUCCUUCCGAACAUCGCUAGUCGUUGCGUGGUUGUUCUCCAACUGCGCUCUUAUUGUGGGUGUAACUAGCGACAAGCUCACUACAUUCGGUAUUGGGGGUACUACGUCGGACCGAACGGCGCAAUUCUUCAAGUUCCUUCUUAUCGCCACCGCAGCCAUGUCCCUCGUCCGUUUCAUUGGAUGCUGCUGGUUCUUGGGCCGAACUGGAAUCAUGUGCUGCUUCUCCAGACGGUAAAGCGGCUGAGACUCAGCGUAAUUAGGUCUUUUUGAGAUUUAUACGCCUACGAUAUGUACAAAUGUAGCCUAUCUCCAGGACCUGGCGUCAAACACUGUUUCUAUGCUGGAUAGACGGGCGAUAGGACUCGGUUUGCAAGAUAGGGUAUAGGGGGAAUCAGAAAAGUUGCGGCUACGCCAUUGGACCGUUAACCGUGUGUCAUUGUUUGGGCGUUAUUGACAUUCUCCUUUUAUAUACACCUAAUGUCUCUAAACCGAAUAGUUAGGUCAGUUACUUACGAACUAUUCUAGCAAAUCGAUGAGUUUUUAUGGCA